GCCGGCCGGGGAGGAGGAGUCGGGCGGGCUGGCGGGCGGCCGGGUGGCGGCGGCGGCGGCGGCAUGGCGGAGCCGAGCGGGGCCGAGGCGAGGCCCCCUAUUCGGGUCACAGUCAAGACCCCCAAGGACAAGGAGGAGAUCGUGAUCUGCGAUCGUGCCUCGGUCAAGGAGUUCAAAGAGGAAAUCUCACGGAGGUUUAAGGCUCAGCAGGAUCAGCUGGUCCUGAUCUUCGCAGGCAAGAUCCUCAAGGAUGGAGACACACUGAACCAGCAUGGGAUCAAAGACGGGCUCACUGUCCAUCUGGUCAUCAAGACCCCUCAGAAGACUCAGGAUCCAGCUGCGGCUGCUGCUUCUCCCCCCUCUACUCCUGACCCGGCCUCAGCACCCUCCACCACCCCGGCUUCGCCUGCCACCCCUGCACAGCCCUCCACUUCCGGAAGUGCCGCUUCAGAUGCUGGCAGUGGAAGCCGGAGGAGCAGUGGGGGGGGUCCUUCCCCAGGGGUUGGUGAGGGACCCCCCAGUGCUACUGCAUCUAUUCUCUCUGGCUUUGGGGGCAUCCUGGGGCUGGGCAGCCUGGGCCUAGGCUCUGCCAACUUCAUGGAGCUGCAGCAACAGAUGCAGAGGCAGCUGAUGUCCAACCCUGAGAUGCUGUCACAAAUCAUGGAGAACCCCUUGGUCCAGGAUAUGAUGUCUAACCCUGACCUGAUGCGCCACAUGAUCAUGGCUAACCCCCAGAUGCAGCAGCUGAUGGAGCGGAACCCUGAGAUCAGCCACAUGCUCAACAACCCUGAGCUCAUGAGGCAGACAAUGGAGCUUGCUCGGAAUCCAGCGAUGAUGCAAGAAAUGAUGCGUAAUCAGGACCGGGCCCUGAGCAACCUGGAGAGCAUCCCCGGCGGGUAUAAUGCCCUCCGCCGCAUGUACACUGACAUCCAGGAGCCCAUGUUCACUGCUGCCCGGGAACAGUUUGGCAACAAUCCUUUCUCUUCCCUGGCCGGGAACUCCGACAGCUCGUCCUCCCAGCCUCUUCGGACUGAGAAUCGAGAGCCCCUCCCUAACCCCUGGAGCCCCUCGCCCCCCACCUCCCAGGCCCCCGGGUCCGGUGGGGAGGGCACCGGAGGAUCGGGGACGAGCCAGGUGCACCCGACAGUCUCGAACCCCUUUGGGAUCAAUGCGGCUAGCCUGGGGUCAGGGAUGUUCAACAGCCCAGAAAUGCAGGCACUUCUCCAACAGAUCUCUGAGAACCCCCAGCUGAUGCAGAAUGUGAUCUCAGCCCCCUACAUGCGUAGCAUGAUGCAGACACUUGCCCAGAACCCAGACUUUGCUGCUCAGAUGAUGGUGAACGUGCCGCUCUUUGCGGGGAACCCCCAGCUUCAGGAGCAGCUCCGUCUACAGCUCCCUGUGUUUCUACAACAGAUGCAGAACCCCGAGUCCCUUUCUAUCCUCACUAAUCCCCGGGCCAUGCAGGCUUUGCUGCAGAUCCAGCAGGGACUACAGACCUUGCAGACUGAGGCCCCAGGUUUGGUACCCAGUCUUGGCUCCUUUGGGAUGUCCCGGACCCCAGCCCCCUCGGGCAGCAACGCAGGGUCUGCAGCUGAGGCUCCCUCCUCCUCACCAGCCACACCAGCCACAUCUCCUCCCACUGGGGCUUCCAAUACCCAGCAGCACCUCAUGCAGCAGAUGAUCCAGCUUUUGGCUGGAAGUGGAAACUCACAGGUGCAGACACCGGAAGUGAGAUUUCAGCAGCAACUGGAACAGCUCAACUCCAUGGGCUUCAUCAAUCGUGAGGCCAACCUGCAGGCCCUGAUUGCCACAGGAGGGGACAUCAACGCAGCUAUUGAGAGACUCCUGGGCUCCCAGCUCUCCUGAUGUCUAGGCCCAUGCCUCCUGCCUCUCCCUCUACUCAAGGCCAGCUUUUGGUUCCUCAGUCAGCCCCUUCCCCUCUGCAACUUUUCCCUCUGUUUUGUCCUCUGCCAGCCACUGGUUGACUUUAGAGGCAUGGGCCCAACCCCAUAGUUCUAAGAAUUUUGGUUUUACUGCUUGUUUUACUCAGAACCUUCUCUUGUGAUGCUUCUUGAGCAGAUUUAAACUGUUUUCACAGUUCUGUUGAUUGCCCCCUACACACACACACACACACACACACACACACACACACACACACACACACACACACACACACACACAC